ACCUUAGUUAAAUCAAGCCAUUGGGAAGGCUGCGAUUGCUAUUUCGAGCCAAUAUUUCUUUCUUGCCAACUAAAACUUCCUCAAAAAUGAAGCCGGAGUAUACUCUCCCCGCAGGGGCCGACUUCCAUGUUCAUCUCCGAGAUGGGGCAAUGAGCGAGGCGGUCGUCCCGACCAUCCGCCCCGGCGGGAUAGACACGGUCUACGUGAUGCCCAACCUCACCCCGCCCGUCACGACGGUGGCCCAGGCCCUGGCGUACCGGGACCGGCUGCGCGCCAUCGACGACAGCAUCAACUACCUGAUGACCCUCUUCCUGGACGAGAGCAUCACGCCCGAAGUGGUCCGCGAGGCCAAGGCGGCCGGGAUCGCGGGCAUCAAGUCCUACCCCAAGGGCACGACGACCAACUCGGCCGGCGGCGUGCUGUCGUUCGAGAGCCACGCGGAGACGCUGCGGGCCAUGGAGGAGUGCGACCUCGUCCUGAACAUCCACGGCGAGGUGCCGACGGGGACGCGCCCGGACAUCUCGGUCAUGAACGCCGAGUCGCGCUUCCUGCCCACUCUGCUUGACCUCCACCGCCAGUUCCCGCGCCUGCGCAUCGUCCUGGAGCACGUCACUACCGCGGACGCCGUCGAGGCGGUCCGGGCGUGCGGUGACACCGUGCGCGGCACGAUCACGGCCCAUCACCUGUCCUUGGUCAUCGACCAGGCUGUCGGGGAUGUCUUCUGCUACUGCAAGCCCGUGGCUAAGUCGCCCGAGGAUCGUGCUGCCCUGUUGAAUGCCCUCGUGACGAGUGGUGGCAAGUUCUUCUUGGGUACUGAUAGUGCUCCCCACGACAUUAGUGCCAAGAAGGGCAAGGGCAGCGCAGCAGCUGGUGUCUUCACCCAGCCAUUUGCGUGCCAGUACAUCCUCACAGCGCUCGAGGAAGGGAUCGAGAGGGGGGACAUUCGAGACGAACAGGUCACUGAGGAGGUUCUUUCAGGUUUCCUGGGUGAAUGGGGCCGGGAUUUCUACAGGGUUGAGCAAAGCACAAAGAAGAUCGUGCUGAGGAAGACUGACGAAGUUAUUCCCGAAUCCCUGAAGGCGGCGGGCGUGGAGGUUGUCUAUUAUAGGGCAGGGAAGAAGACUUGGAGCCUGGAGUGGCUGUAAACGCGUUAAAUCUCGGCAUAGAAUAUACUGACUGCCCCUCAAUCCGAGUCAUCCGGCUCUGGAAGAGAACCAUACAGUCAUGUCGACAUUGAGGUUGGACAGGAAAGAGGAGUAUCAACACCACGGAUAAGGUACCGACGACCGACCAUACCUUACGUGGCAGAUACAUAAGGUACAUUCGGAUACGACAACUUCUGUUCCGAUGUAUUUACCAAGUAUUAGGGUAGAGGAUUUAAAGCCCGACUACUCCGAGUUUGAGUUGCGUAAUGUGAAGAAAGAGCUAAUGAGGACA